CAUAAUGGAAGUAAAUAAUGAGAAUUUGCAAUUGUUAGCCGGUUAUUUGCAGCAAACACUAAGUCCAGAUCCAAAUGUACGAAGACCUGCUGAGAAAUUACUGGAAUCGACUGAGGCCCAACGCAACUAUGCUGUGCUUCUGCUAAAUCUCAUCGACAAGCCAGAAGUUGAUAUGACAAUACGAGUGGCUGGUUCCAUCGCAUUUAAAAAUUAUAUUAAACGUAAUUGGGCUAUUAAUGAGGAUUCUGAUACACCCGAUAAAAUACACAUCGAUGAUCGUAAUACCAUCAAAACGCUGAUUGUAACACUUAUGUUACGCUCGCCACCAGCACUGCAAAAACAACUCAGUGAUGCUGUCAGUAUUAUUGGUAAACAUGAUUUCCCCAAGAAAUGGCCACAACUCAUCGAUGAAAUGGUUGAAAAAUUCGCCACUGGCGAUUUCAAUGUCAUCAAUGGUGUGUUGCAAACCGCUCAUUCCCUAUUCAAACGUUAUCGUUAUGAAUUUAAAUCACAAAAUUUGUGGGAAGAAAUUAAAUUGGUAUUAGAUCGUAUGGCUAAACCGUUGACCGAUUUGCUAUUGGCCACAAUGCAAUUGACCAAAGUUCAUGAAAACAACGUGGAGGCCUUAAAGGUUAUCUACGGAUCGUUGGUUUUGGUUUGCAAGGUAUUCUAUUCGUUGAAUUCACAAGAUUUACCCGAAUUCUUUGAGGAUAAUAUGGCAACAUGGAUGAACUCGUUUCAUGAAUUGUUGACCGUUGAUGUGCCAUGUUUGCACACGGGUGAUGAUGAAGAUGCUGGUGUCUUGGAGCGAUUGCGUUCACAAGUAUGUGAAAAUAUUGGCAUGUAUGCCCAGAAAUAUGAUGAAGAAUUUGCCCCCUAUAUGCAAACAUUUGUCACAGCUGUUUGGGAGUUGUUGGUUAAGACUGGCAUGCAAACGAAAUAUGAUGCGUUGGUUUCCAAUGCUUUGCAAUUCCUUUCGGUGGUUGCGGAACGUACCCACUACCGUAAGAUAUUCGAAAAUCCCGAAAUUUUGGACAACAUUUGUAAAAAUGUUGUCAUACCCAAUUUGGAUUUCCGUCAAUCGGAUGAGGAACUCUUUGAGGAUAGUCCUGAGGAGUAUAUAAGACGUGAUAUUGAGGGUUCUGACAUUGAUACGAGACGUCGUGCCGCCUGUGAUUUGGUCAAGACAUUAUCACAAAAUUUUGAAGCGAAAAUCUUUGGUAUUUUUGGUCAAUAUUUGGAAAUUUUGUUGGUAAAGUACAAGGAAAAUCCCGCUACGAAUUGGCGUGCCAAGGAUACGGCUAUUUAUUUGGUAACUUCAUUUGCAUCACGUGGUGGUACCCAAAAACAUGGUAUUACCCAGGCAUCGGAAUUGGUGCCAUUGCCACAGUUCUGUGCUCAGCAUAUUAUGCCGGAAUUGGAGAGACCAAAUAUCAAUGAACUCUCCGUAUUGAAAUCCGCUGCCUUGAAAUUCGUAAUGGUAUUCCGUAGUUUGUUGGGCCAACAAACUUUACUUGCAGCCAUGCCACAUUUGAUCCGCCAUUUGCCAGCAGAAAGUGUGGUGGUACACAGCUAUGCUGCCUGUGCCUUGGAGAGAAUUUUCACCAUGAGAGAUCCUGCUGGUGCUUUGCUCAUUGGUCCCCAACAUCUGGCUCCCGUGGCUAAUGAUUUGUUGGGUGGUUUAUUUGCCACUCUCUCGCUGCCUGGAUCGGCGGAAAAUGAAUAUGUUAUGAAGGCAAUUAUGCGUAGUUUUAACUCCUUGCAAGAACACUCCAUGCCUUUUAUGGCCGUUGCAUUGCCCCGACUAACAGAAAUUCUUACCAUGGUGGCCAAAAAUCCCUCCAGGCCUCAUUUCAAUCAUUAUCUCUUUGAGACCCUGUCAUUGGCUAUAAAAAUUGUGUGCAAAACAGAGGCCGCCGCCGUAAGCUCUUUCGAAGAAGUUCUCUUCCCCGUGUUCCAAGGAAUUUUGCAGCAGGAUAUAUUGGAAUUUAUGCCUUAUGUGUUCCAAAUGCUAUCCUUGCUUUUGGAGAUACGUGAAGGCAGUGGAGCAAUACCCGAACCCUAUUGGGCUCUAUUCCCCUGUCUUUUGGCUCCACCACUAUGGGAUCGUUCGGGUAAUAUUAGUCCUCUCAUUCGUCUGCUUUGUGCCUUCAUUAGACAGGGUGCCGCACAAAUUGCAGCCAUGGAUAAAUUGAACGCUAUUUUGGGUAUCUUCCAAAAAAUGAUUGCCUCCAAGGCCAACGAUCAUGAAGGUUUCAAUUUGCUGCAGAAUCUCUUGGCCUAUUAUCCACAAAAUGCCAUGCAAGCUAGUAUUCGUCAAAUAUUUGCCUUGCUGUUCCAACGUUUGUCGUUGUCGAAAACCACAAAAUAUGUCAAAUGCAUUAUUGUCUUCUUCUGUUAUUAUGCUGCCAAGAUUGGUGCCCCCGCCUUGGUAGAACUUAUCGAUCAAAUUCAGGCAAAUAUGUUUGGCAUGGUUGUCGAUCGUGUUUUCAUUCCAGACAUGGCUAAAGUCUCAAAUGAAUUGGAACGUAAAACAGUUGCUGUUGGCAUUUCAAAAAUACUUUGUGAAUGUCCUGCCAUGUUAGCGCCACCAUACAAUCAAUAUUGGUCACGUCUCCUACAAGCAUUGGUAGAACUUUUCGAAUUGCCACCAGAUAAGACCAAUACAGAGGGUGAGAAUUUCAUUGAACCCGAUGAAAGCUCAGGCUAUCAGGCAGCAUUCUCCCAAUUGAGUUUUGCCCAACCAAAAACUCAAGACUUUUUGGCCGAUGUUGCAGAUGGACGCAAAUAUUUGGCUGAUUCUCUGGCCAAAUUGGCCCAAACACGUCCCGGUGAAAUUCCUCAACUUGUCACCGCCAUUGGUGAUAAUCACAAACAAGCUUUGCAAAAAUAUUGCGAUCAGUAUGGCGUGCGCAUAGUUUAAGUUAACAUUUUUAAAUUAUUUUUUGUAAGUUUAUC